AUGACCACCUCACGAUUCGAGACAGAGAGUUUUACUGCAGAUCACCUCGUAGAGAGCGCAGGAACUGUAUUAUUCCGCCUCUCGACGCGUGAGAUCUGCAUUAUACGCCAUUUGCAGCGUAAUGAGUAUCUUCUACCCAAGGGUCGCCGCAACCUACACGAGUCAAGGCAAGCCACAGCGAUUCGCGAGACCACGGAAGAAACUGGAAGCGAGGAUGUGCCCGAUGAGGCACGCUUCUUCGAGGGUGCGUGCGAGCCCAUUCUUGUACAAGCCCGACGACGGGUCGAGCAGGGGGAGAUGAAGCUUAUUUGGUGGUUUGUGGCCGCUGUUGAUGAAGAGAAGCCCGCUGGGCCGCAUGAGGACAAGUUUGGCGUGGAGUUCCUUAGUUACGAUGCAGCAUUGGAGAGGCUGACGUUUAAGGAUGACCGUGACCUGGUCGGGAGGGCGAUUGACCUGGUGAAGUCGACUUUGGCUUCUUAA